CGGAAGCACUUCUGAGUUCAGCAGCUUUAUACACAAUACACCAUUUGAAACAUUAACACCCACUACUUGCAGCUUUAUUUCAAUUAUAUUUAACAUGUGUACCAUAUAUGCUGAGUAUUUAUUGUGGAGCAAACAUAGCGUCCUCAUACAACGGCUCUUAGUAAUACUACAAAACAGCAGACCGCAUUCUAGUCGUUUUUAUACACGUUAGGCACACAAUUAAACUGCCGAUAAACUAAAAUGCCUUAUAUCAAAUGCGGUUGAGGAAGCCUGGAGCUGGGUGUCUGACAGGUGAGCUGAGGAGACUGCAGAACUAAGGCGGGUUGCCAUAGAGACCAAGCAGGGCUUCCAGGCGCACUGAAAAAGGUCCACUGCACCAUUUUAAGGAUGUACAGUACAUAGAGGAAGAAACAAUAACACCAGCUGUAUUCACUCUUAUACUCAAUAAAAAUAGAAAUGUUCCUAAGCUUAAGUGUAUUUUUUAUGGCUUUUCUAUUGCAGUAUUUAAUACAACAAAGACAUUGUCACUGUACAUUUAGAUCAUUGAGUUGGAUGUGUUCAGUAAAUCUGGUCAAAUAAAAAAAAAUAAUAAUGUAUCAUAAAAUAAAGAAUUUAAAAUUUGUUGUAAGUAAAUGCUGCAAUUGUAAGUUUCCUGAUCAAAUGCUGGUGAGAAACGCAAGAUAAAUCAGCCGCCAUUUGUAGUGCUAGGGAAGGGGGUUCGAACAUAAUUGACCGAGGAACUAUUAAAGUUGAGGGUGUUGGCACCCGAAUGAAUGACGUUGGGAACCAUUGCGGUUAUGGGGGGGUGGGGGGGGUCUUCUUUCGCUACAGUUACGAGUGUGAAUUAUGUUGAACAAGAAAAUAAACUUUGCUCCUACCUUCUACACUCCGCCUCGGACUUCUCUUCUUCGGCUUUACACUCUUUAAUGUGACAAGCUCAAGCAGAGGGUGAAAAAAAAAAUGGAUGGAACUCCGGGUCCCGCACCGGAAGCAGUAGCUAGCUGCUCACCAGGAAAAAAGGAUAACUAUAAAAAGUUUUCCGGUUAGGAGGUCAUGGGCGACAACUUUUCCCAGAUGUGGAGACGCUAGCGAGCGAGGAGUACAGAUGAACCGGAGCCGAGGUCUGCUACGAGACUGCAAGGCAACGCACAGGAGUGACAUUCCUGUAGCACUAUGGGAGCGUCUCACCUGACUUGAGGCAGCCUAAGAGCGGGAGGACUCGGAACAAAGAGCGUCUGCCUCCAUGGGUCAAAGCUGCAGAUUCACGCAGCCCGAAAGAAGCGCUAGCUAUGUGUUGUUAAAGAACGACAGCGUUUAUCUGCACAAGAUCGGGACAUGUCAGAAAGUUCUUCAGAUGUGAACACAUUGAGUGGCAGCCUUCCUAAAUCUCACUCGUCCCGCUACUCUGAACUCGGUGUGGCACACUUACCUGCAUCUGUGCACCACAGUUCUGAUUCUGGACUUGGAUCCACACCUCUUCCGUCCAGUCGCUUCCGGUUUGUAUCAUGGCAUCGCCUGCCGCAGUGCGACCUCACCGGUGAUCAGCUGAGCUGUCCCAGGGUCAGAGAAGGGCCAUGUCCUGAGGAGAUCUCUCACAAAGAUAGGGAUGCAGCUGGUGUGGAGAGAUGGAGAAUGAGGAGGAUGAGGACAGAGGAGGAAGGACAGAGUUGGGAGGAGAGAAAACAAGAGAACUGGGAGAACUGUCUGGAGUUAAAUCUAUCCUACCAGGAUUUGGGGGAUCCUUUCCAGCAAGAGAACUUCCUCCGCAUCCUCCGCAGGUUGAUCCGCGUGGAGCAAUUGCAGCUGGUUGACAACUCUCUCAGCAACCUGAGUUCUGUCCGUCUGCCAAGGUGCAGGAUUCUAAAUCUGCACUGUAAUCACCUGGUGUGUUUACGCCAGUUGCCAAAACUGCCAGUUGUGGAACAACUUUGUUUGUCCGAGAAUGCCAUCAGCUCCCUGGGGGGACUGGACACUCUGAGGAACAGUCCUCUACGAUCCUUAAACCUGACUCGCAAUCCUGUCACCUUUACUCAAGACUACCGUGCACGUGUUUUCUCCUGUUUGCCAAACCUUGAGAUCCUGGAUGGAGUCCCUAAACUGCCAGAAGACAACAUCCACACUGGAUUACACUCCCCACAAAUCACCAGAAUGUGCAACAUCUUAUAACAUUUUACACAAACGGAUAUAAGUUGUCUUCAAAACUGGACUGAAGAGAAACUUUUUACUGAUUUUUUUUAUUUUAUUUUAAACGUGCCAAACAAAUGCCAAAAAAAAACAGACCUGAAAGAGUUAGUUGGAGGAUAGAAGAAUCCAUUGCCAUGUCUUUCUUAAAUAUUUUAGUUUCAUUGUGACAAUGACAGGAAUGGAAUCAGUGAAGGAAAAUAUUGAGCAUGAAGAUAAGGCCGAUCGCAAUACUGCUUUUUUUUUUUUAAAUAUAUUGUUUUGCAUACGCUUCAUCUGAAAAAGGCACACAAUAUUUUUGCGAAAUGUUUGCAAAUGUAAAAAAGUGAAUACUUAUGCACAUGUUAGUGUUUUAUAUUUAAUACUUUUGAUAACAUAUAAAAACAAAUAAUGUUUAUAGGGUGUCGUUUGUAGAAUUUUAAGGAAAAAUAUUUUUUUUCCCAUUUUGGAAUAAGACUGAAGCACUAUGAAUAGUUUUUUUUACGGAUUUACAUUUUAAGUGUCAACUUCAAAGUUAGUGGUAAUAUUAAUAAACUAGUAAAAAAAAAAAAAAAAAAAAGGUAUUAUCACAUUUUGAAUGGAACGUCAGUUACCUGAGAUUUAAAGAUAAAUGCCUCCCAAAUAUGGUUUGUUUCUAAGUUGAUUGGCUUUUGCAAAUAAAUUACAUAUCGAUUUGAAGAAAAAAACAUGAUCUAAAUACAAAUGUGUGUGCCUUCUCUGCGCUGGAAUUAAUGCAGUCACUUUUAAGCUGCACCUGCAAAGAAAAACAUGUUUUAUUGGUCAAGUCCCAAACCCUAAAUAAAUAGUCAUGUGUGCCUGCUUUUUAUUAUCAGAUCAAGCAGAAAGCAGGGCACCAUCUCACUAACAAGCACUUAAAACAGGCACAAACUGCCACUUAAAUGCCUCAUUGGCAUGAAUGUAAAAGUGUACAAGGCUUAUCUCGCUGCACGUGUCGGCAGAGAGGCGAGUAAAUGAGCUGCAGCAGCAGACAAGAUACAGGUCAAGGAGACGCUUGUGAUCUCCGGGGAUUCAUUUGGAAAUGUAAUCAUCUGAAGCUGUUUUACAGUCUGCUCUCAAGACAAUGUUAUAUAAAAAUGACUGUCAAAUUGACAAUUUAGGGUAAAUGUUUUUCUUUCUCCAUUCUCGAGCCGCUUUGAAUUUGUUUAAAAA